AUGGAAAACGCGCGGGAGAUCAGCUACUGCGAGGUGGCUUCGCAUGCGCGCUUCAGAAGGGGAUCGGCCGGGGGAACGGCGGGGGGAGCGGUGGGGGGAACGGUGGGGGUAGCAGCGCCGAAUUUCAGCGCAGCUGUGGGGGUUAAGACGCACACGCUCAUGCCAAACACGCACACCCGCCCAGACACAUUAUGGAUCGGCGCGCUUCAGAGGGGGAGCGGCGAGGGGGAGCGGUGGGGGGAGCGGCGAGGGGGGGCGGUGGGGGGAGCGGUGGGUGUAACGGUGGGGGUAGCAGCGCCGGAUCUUAACGGAGCGGUGGGGGUUAAGACGCACACGCUCAUGCCAAACAUGCACACCCCCCCAGACACAUUAUGCACACACGUUGCAUACACGCUCAUACCACACUCUCACACGCAUGCGUGCCCCUUCUUCACACCCUUGGGUACUGGUAACUCUUCUCCACCCUUCUCACCUCCUCAUGCGAACCAUUCCCUCACUUGCCAUUACCUCACUUGCCCUCCCCCCGCUCCCCUUCCCUCACUCCCCUUGCCCAAAUCUCCUUCUCUCACUCCCCUUCCCUCAUUCUCGUUCACUCCACUUAAUUCGUGCUCCUUCAACCGUUCCCCUUCCUUGAUUCUCCUUCUCUCACUCCCCAUCCCUCAUCUCUCCUUCCAUCCCUCUCUCUCCUUCCGUCACUUCCCUUCCCUCAUCCUCCUACUCUCAUUCCCCUUCAAUCAUUCCCCUGCUCUCACUCCCCUUCCCUCGUUUCCCCCAACCGAGGAGUCACCUUUUAUACCUGCCCACACCUCCUAA